AUGGAAAUUGAUGGUAACACUUUGAUAUUUAUUAUCAUUAUCCUUUUUCUGUUUUUCUCGAGCCCUGGUGGCGACGGCGUCUCUUCGCAGUACGAAUUCAAUCAACUGCAAAGGUUGCGAAGUCAAUGGAGCACAGAAUAUAGCGAAUUUCAGGAGAUGCAUUAUGACUCCAAUUUCAAGAAUAUAACAGGAUUAAAACUUGCGUUUCAAGACGUGGUAGAUGACCCGGGUGUGAAUGCCACUUAUCCGCUGCCAUCAAAAGAUUAUUCGCAUUGGUCUCAGGACCAAAAAUACUUACUACUCCCGAAUGAGGUGAUAUCACAUGUUAAGGACCACGUUUGGACUACGAGAAAUAGGGAGAGCCCAGAUGUUUUUCCACCAAAUAUAACCAGCACUUUACUAGGUCACCUUCAAUUGGUGAGCAACAACAAGUAUCCGCGGUUGCCGAUGCCAGUAGAAAAAUUCUAUGAUCCACCAACAGAAUUCUCAGAUGUGGUGCCUCCAGCAGGUGAUAGAUAUUUGGAUGAUGAAAAACUCUCCUACGGUGAGAUACACAAUGUGACAUUUGAUAACGGCGAGAUAAGUGUACAGGUUACACAUUUGGAUAAAGUCUACAACCGUUUCGGUAAUGGAGAGAGAACGUAUUUUAACUCCCAGACGGACAAGUGGAAGCUUCUUAACUUGAGAUUGGAUUUCUCAGAUAAGGCGGAGCACGAGAAGCAUUCACUGGUGGCCGAUGCAGUUUAUGAUCUCAAGAAUGGUAGAAUACUGGCAAUGACUCAAAGUGCCAAGUUUCAUUCCCUCUUUGCCUUUCCUCAUUAUAUGAACUUGCAGGACGAUACAGAGAGUAAAGAGAAUUUCAAUUCCCUAAAAAAACUAAUAAAUGAGUACUGGAAUGCAUCCAAUUUCGUUGAGACUCUGACUAUGGGCAAUUUACAGGAUUGGCAUGACAACGCCGUAUACAAAUGCGAAUACGUAGCAUUCUUCCAACUUGAGCCUUGGAACCAAUACACGCCCGAUCAACUAAAGAUGAUUGAUGAAGAACUGAAUUGGCCACUCGGUAGACCAGCGAAUUUGUCAUUGGUGCCUCCUGUAGCUUUCAAGUCUGGCUUGCUAUAUUCUCCGGAUUGCGGACUGGAAUUAAAAUUCGGUGAUGUUGAGGGCAAACGAUAUGAAAUACAGAUGAGAUCAAUACGAACUCAUUUGUUAUUUGGAAUCGGAUUGUUCAUUGCGCAGAUUUAUCUGCUACUCUGCCAAAUGCAUCACACAAACACACCCUCGAGCGUGAGUAAGAUAUCCUUCUACUCCUUUUCGAUGAUAAAUUUAGUGGAUGGUUCACUGGCGACCCUCUACUUUAUCGCAGCUAGCGUCCUUCCAGAGCUAUAUUUGCCUCUGGUCACUAGUUCGUUCACAUGUUUCAUUUUAGCGUCUAUUUUUGAGACACGAUAUCUGAUAUUGGUUUAUGCGUCACAAUUCAACGAGCGUAAUGUGGGCAUUUUAACUUUGCUGCGGCGCAAUAACGAGUCUGAACGUGAGGGCGCUACCGACACUGGCAACACCGUGAUACCGGACGAAGCUUCGAUAAGUGGAACAUUAUAUGGCCGGUUCUUUUUCACACUCCUGUCGUUCACUUUGCUAACUCUAAGCUCAACUUCUUGGCCUCGCAAAGUGAGAAUGGUUUUCGAGUAUAUCACUAUCUGUGUACUCAACUCAUAUUGGUUGCCCCAGAUUUUUAGAAAUGCCAUCAAAGGAACAUUGCCAAGAAGGAGCAGAAUCAGAAACGAAGCUCUUGGUGUCCAGCGACAGAACAAAAUGCCCCUACUGUGGAAAUUCAUAAUAGGCACCACAAUCAUCAGAACCUUACCUGUUGUGUACGUUUUCACCUACUCUUCCAACGUCUUUAGGCACCACAGGGACGUCAGAUUUGUGGUCAUAUUGUGCCUAUACCUGCUAUUCCAGAUCGCCGUUCUUUACUCUCAGGAUAUCCUGGGCUCUCGCUGGUUUCUUCCCAAGAUGUCCAUUCCAGAAGGUUACUCUUACCACAAGCCAAUGUCAGCCCAAGAGCUUAUGGAGCAUGGCAGCUCUGCAAACCACACGGUGGACUGUGCCAUCUGCAUGUCAGAAGUGUCCGUCUACGUCGAAGACGUCCCAGAGACGCACAAGGUCGACCUACAAACAUAUAUGACCACGCCGUGCGGUCAUAUCUUCCAUACUCAUUGUUUGGAGAACUGGAUGAGCUACAAGCUACAAUGUCCGGUCUGCAGGUCUCCGUUACCGCCUCUCUGA